GGUGGAGUGAACCCAUCAACGCUGGACGCUCAGGAAGUGGAUUAAACCACCAGAGAUUCCCGCAGAUUGCGAUUUUCCCAAUGUUUCAGCCGUGUCCACGGUGGCUCAAACCUUAGCUUAAACGCAUCUCGGUGUUAUUAUUUAGGUGGAUAAUGUAUGAAUGGUCGCUCUCAUGAAGUUCACCAGGGAUAUAUGUAGGCUGCUGGGACUCGGAAGCGGCCCUGCUGACCAGCAGCAAGAGGACCAGAUGGACUGUGGUGCCAGAAACUCUGACCCAAAUCACGAUGCCACUUUGUCACAGGAUGCAUUAAAUGGUGAAGAGGAUUUGAGUGAAGAAGAAAAGGUUAGACAGAAAGCAGAGCGACGCAAAGCUAAGAGAAAGCGCCGGCGAAAACGCAAGAAGCAAGAACAGGUUAAGCAGAGUGACAGCGUUGAACAGGAGGACGAGGAAGAGGAGGAGGAUGGUGGUGCCGAGUCAGAACUGGAUGAGAGUGGGUCAGAAGCAGAUGUCGUCCCUGAAGAGGAGAAACUAAGAGCCCAAAAACAUGACAGUAAUGAGUCAAAAUCAACAGAUUCUCUCAAGUAUGUUGACUUGCCGGUCACGGCUCCUGCAGGAAUCAAAGGGCAUCAGAAGAAUAAAGCCAGACCCACCGAAGAGGAGCCAGAGUGGGAUGUGAGCAGUGCCUUCUUUGCUAAUGCUGCUAGCCAUAUAAAACCCAAAGGAUCAAGUCGCAAGUCCAAAGAGAACAAGGAGAACGAGGCCAAGAGAGAGACAAGUGGAACUGACACCAUGACCAAGAAAAGCACAUCACUUACAGAAAAAGGGAUCAAGCUGGUGCAAGAAGGACAGUACGCACAAGCGGUUGUUUUGUUUACAGACGCCAUCAAAUGUGACCCAAAUGAUUACAGGUUCUUUGGGAACCGUUCCUACUGCUACUACUGUUUGGAGCAUUACCCUAAAGCCCUGGCAGAUGCCGAAUACUCCAUUCAGUUGGCUCCAGAAUGGCCCAAAGGACACUUCCGCAAAGGCAGCGCUCUCAUGGGCAUGAAGCGGUACAGCGAAGCUGAGAAAGCAAUGGAGCAGGUGUUGAAACUGGACAAAGACUGUGAGGAGGCUGCUAAUGAUCUUUUUAACUGCAAAGUUCUUCAGUUAAUGGAGCAUGGCUUUGAAGAGAUGCAGAGUGUUGCGUUGCUGGAGCGAUUUUCGUCUGUACAGGCUGCUCUUGGAUCUUGUUCUGAUGCAGCUAGAGCCGGGGGCCAGGAUCCAUCGAUGGUUCAACCAGGAAGCCCUUGUCCGUCUCUCUGGGUGGGAAACGUGACAACUGAGAUAACGGAGAAACACUUGUGGGACCUUUUUAAAAUGCACGGUGAGAUAGAAAGUAUUCGUGUUCUGCACGAGAGAUUCUGUGCCUUCGUCAACUUCAGGAAUGCAAACAUGGCUGCCCGUGCAAUGGAGAAACUAAACGGUCAUUGCAUUGAGAACGCACGUUUGGUUGUGCGCUAUCCCGACCGUCGCACUCAGAGGGUCCCUCCCAUUCCUCUUAAGACCUUUCUCCCAGUUACACAGCAGGGAGGGGCGGCUGCUGGACCUCGGAGGCGUGGCCCUGUGAACGGAGACGAGUGUUACUUUUGGAGAACCACUGGCUGCCACUUUGGAGACAAAUGUCGCUACAAACACAUUCCUGAUCAGAAAGGCAAGGACAGGAAACCGUGGCAGCCUUGACCUCCUCUGUUUUGGGAAAGGGAGGUGCGCCAAAUGUGCCCUUGCAGGUGGUAUUAGCCAAGUCGUGAUCUUAGGGCAAAAACAAACGUAUUGUAGCAGAAUGGGAUGGAAUAACUGAAAGUGCCAAAGACCUAAAUAAAAAACAGCCAGAGGUAACACGGCCCUAACAGGACAGGACCACCUAAUCCCACACUAAACCUCACCGGCCAGGAAAAUAAAAUGGAAGUGUAAAAGAUUUUUUUCCCUAUUGAAAGUCAUCGCUAAUGUCCCACAGAGCAGUAGAGUACCGAUGUGAUGUCCUCCUGCCAUCUAAAAGCUGCGUUUCUCCCUUUAUUUGAAGUGCAGUAAAUGAAUGGCUGGUUUUUAAGAUGAAUUUAAUUCAGUUGGACUUGAUGAGCACCCUGGAGCUGCAGCUGUUCCUGACAUCCACGGCACCAGACCAAAGACUUUGCAACAGACUCGCUCGACAUUUCAGUACUUCCCCUUUUGCGGUUUUAAGCUUCAUAAGCAAAGUAAAUGUUGACAAGGGGAUCGAAACUGUAAUGUGUAGCCUUAGUGAAGAUAUGUGACUAAGGAAAUAUAAUUAGAUCGAAUUGGUCAGUUAUUUACGCGGAUCAGGUGCAGAAUUAGCUUUAUGAAUUGUUGCCAGUCAGACGAGCAGAUCUGGAAUGUUAUGAAGGACUUUGUGUCCUAUUAACAAUCGCAGCGCUCAGUGUUCAGCGAGUCGGUCUGAGGAGGAUUGUGUGUUUUCUUUAAAGCAGUUUUCAGACUAGAUGUUCUCGUUUAGUUGAUCUGGAUCAUGUGAUGAGUAGUGUGUGUGUGUGUGUGUGUGUGUGUGUCACACACAGAUUUACCACACAAAUAAGCAGCACCCUAGUUUAAGAGACACUCUUGAACCAUUUCAUAACAGUGUUUAUGACCGUGACGCUUCCGUUUCAGUAUUUCAGUGAGUUGAUAAAUAAAAAAUAAAAAACACAGUUCCCUUACUCUGGACACUAAGCAGUGAGUUACAAGCCCUCUGGUGUGUUUAGAUCAUCCACUAGGUGACGACUUCAGCCCAGAUCCACACUACAUUCACUAGUUUACUAUGCACUGCGCAGUGAGAGUAUUUAUUUUAUUUAUACAUGUUGAUUUUUAAAAUAAUUAACUUUCCAAACCUAAUUUAACCCUUUUUUCGUUGUGAUUGAGCUCUUUAUGCAUUUUGUGCUUUAGUUAUCUGCCUUUGUCUCACUCUCAGGAGAUUAGUCACACGCUGCACUUCUGCUUUUCUCUUCUGCAACUUAAACCUGUGGCAAGCACCAACUGACUUCUCGCUCCUUCACCGGUGGUGCUGUUCAGUAUUUUAGAUACUUUUUGGAAAGUAAAUGAAAGUUUCUAGACUUAUAACUUAUGAUUUCAAACAAAUCUUUUAAUUUCUGUUGUACAAACUUGGAUUUUUAAUGUUUGCUUUUAGGCUAUUUUACGCUUUCAAACUAUUUCACUGAAUAUUUUUUUCCAAAUUCAAAAAACAUUUAUAACAAACUGUAAUUCUGUUAAUAAAUGUUAGUAUUUUUUGUAUUACUGUUUUGCAAAUAAGAGUUUUAUAUUUAAUAAACAUAUUUGACCCGUA